CCACAAGGUGCCCACGUUAAGCCCGUCAAUUGCACAUUCACGCUCAUCCAGCGAAGAUGCCGCCCAAGCAGGCAGACAAAGCCAAGCAAAAAGAAAGAGAGAAGAUUGCGAUCGACAAGACAUUUGGUCUAAAAAACAAGAACAAAAGCAAAGUCGUACAGAAGUACAUCAAGUCCAUCGCAAACAAUGCGUCAGGUGCACCCAAGGGAGGGAAAGAAGCGGCCGACAGAGAGCAGAAGGACGCAAAGCAGAAAGAGCUUCAGAAAGCAGCCCUGAUGAACUCGUUGUUCAACCUUGCCACGGACAAGAAAGGAAGAGCGUUUGAUCCAGUGGCGAAGAAGAAGGCGAAACAGGCGGAGGAGGAGGCCAUUGCGGCGGGGAAAAAAGUGAAAGAGGAGAUCAAGAAGGAGAUCAUUGAAGGUGUGGCCAACAGCAUUCGCCUCACCAACCCGAAGGGCGUGCGCAUGUCGGAGCUGGGCGCGCAUCCCAUCAUUCAGGCGCUGAAGACCAAGCACCAGGAUACGUUCAAGACUAUCCAGCUCCUUUUGUUCAUCAAGGCGAAUGACAAGGUCUUCUGGGUGGACGAUGAAGAGAGCACCAACCCCACUAUACGAUGUUUGGAGGAUGUUGAAGCAGAGGUGGCGCCAGACGAGCGGCCACUGGAGGAGAUCAUCGAGGAGCGCAGAGCUGCGCUGCCCCCUGGAGGUACUCCCGUCACACCGGAGACCUUUAAGGCCUGGAAGGAAAAACGAGAGGCUGAGAGGCUUGCGAAGGUGGAGGAGGAUCGCCAGGAAAGCAUGAAAAAGGGUGGCAACAAGGGCCUCGUCGGAAUGAGCGGACGAGACUUGUUCACCUACGAUGCAUCCCUCUUCCAAGAUGAUGAGGGUGCCGUGUCUGCGGAUGAGUACGAUGAGAGGGAGGAGGAUCCGCAGGAUGAGGACGACAACGGCGGCAAGACUCAAGGGAUGGCAAAAGACUUGCAGGAUGAUGAGGAGGAGGAGGAGGAGGAAGAAGCUGAACCCGACUCCGGCGCUAGGGGUAGCAAUGAUGCGGAGGAGGCAGCAGGUGCAAUCAACGAGAAGUUGUUCCUGCAGGAGGAAGACUUGCCAGAUGACUUAGAUGACCUGGAAGAUGAUGAGGAGGAGAAUGCUGAGGCCAAAGGUGCCAAGGACUGAGGUGCUUGCAUCAGGCACUUUGGACACUUUUGCAGCCUCAUUUUCAAUUUCGCCUGGAGUUGUUGCAAAGCAGCACCUCACGUGAAUACUUGGGCAUAUGCGGAGAAGAACACGCGUUGCUAGCACUCUGCAAAGGAUCGGUUUGGGU